AAUACGUUGGGGCCUUCCUAACCUAUUUUUAUGUUGAAUAUUAAUUUGAUAGUGUUGAUGAUUAACAAACCAUACGAGAAUAGAGUAAGAGAGUGAAUAUCUGCAUCUGUAGGCCUGUAAUGAAUAGAUUUUUUAAUAUAUUUAUUAAAAGUGGUGGCUUUAUCUAUAUAUUGUGCUUAAAUACUUAACGAUACUUGAACGGUUACGAUUUUCAAGUGGUGGUUUCAUGACUACUCAGAUGACUAGCCUAUAAUUAGACCUGUGUUAAACAACGGUCAUAAAAAGAAGGGUAGAUAAUUUUUUAAAUGUUCAAAAAUAUGAAGUUCUAUUUUCAUCCUGCCAAACUGACUCGGAUAAGAAGAAAUUUGUUUGCUACCCAAGUGGUCAACCACGGUGGUCAGGUUGUCUUGUCAAGUGAAGUGGCAACUCAUGUUAUUGUCGAGGAGACAAGUGAUCAUUCAGGCCUCCCGGUCUCUCUGUGGGCAGGCGAUCCGGUUGUGGUUGGUACGCUCUGGCUAAGCCAGUGUCUCAAGAAGCAGGCAGUUCAAGACCAACAGCCGUAUGUUGUCAGCCAGCCAAUCCAGAAACGUUCAACCCCUUCUCCUGAACCACCCACCACUUCAAAAAAACCAGCCACAUCAGAUGUUGUUGUUGAGAAGUACGCAUGCUCCCAGUCGUCUUCAGCCAGUGAUGCCUCAUGUAACGCUGUAGUGUUGAGUCAACUGAGAAGGCUAGCAGAUACCUACAGAGCUAGAGGAGAUCAGUGGAGAGCACAUGGGUACGAGAAGGCCAUCAGUGCGAUUCGUCGCCAUGGAAAAGAAAUCACCUCGUCUGAGGAAGUUGCAAGCCUAGAGGGUGUCGGAGCCAAAAUGGCAUCCAAAGUGAUGGAAGUUUUAUCAACGGGUAAAAUCCGCAAGGUGGAAGAGCUAUGUGAGACGGAGGAGAGUCGAGUGUUGGACCUGUUCAGUGGCAUCUGGGGGGCAGGACCCGCUACUGCCAAUGCUUGGGUCAUAGAACGCUGAAUGAUUUAAUUGAGAAAGAAACGCUAACCAAACAACAACAAAUUGGGAUAAAAUACUAUAAACAGUUUUCAGAAAGAAUGUCUCGGAGUGAAGUCGA